ACCUCUGGCUUGUGAGCCAUAACUGUCGCUUUUGAUGGUUGCAUAUUACUCACAGAGCCCUCAUAACAACAUACUGUACAUGUGAUUUCUGUCGUGCAGGCAACACAAAUGAGGCAGAGACAGUUUGUCCUAGUGGGGUAUCCGUAGUUUGGUGUGGCAGUCGAUGUUUUGGGUUGAACACUGAUCGGGUCGGAACAGCUAAUUAUGGAAACGCUUUUGACAAAGGUCGCUCAAAGAAAAAAUGAGCAGGACCAAAGUUUUUAACAAGAAUGGACAGCCUUUUUGGAGAGAGAGGGUUCUGCUUUGUGUCUAAAUCCAUAGAUGGGGAGUAUGCCAAAGCAUUCGUACUUGAUGUUCCCAAUAAAAAUUUUGACAACUUCGCAUGAAGACAAGAUAAUCAAAUGAAUAGAAGACAUGCCUUUGUCGGCAAGAACUGUUCACCAUCGUAUCAUCAUGAUGGCAAAUCAAAUUCAAUUACGGUCACGAUUAGAGGACGGAAGUCGCAACGCCUGCAUAAAGCUUAAUCUAACGACAUAUGAAACAGACUCCGGAGCCAUCAGCAAAACCAUGCAGCACCACAAGACGCAUUAAUGUGAUUGUCAUCUGUCAAGAAUCCAAACCAAACCUGUGGAGCUAUUUGAAGGACGUGGAAGCAGAUCACAUGGAUUGUACCAUUCAGAGAUCCACCACAGAGGGUGUCCACAUUAACUGGCCAGCCCAAAAGUCACAAGAGUACAACUCUUGGUUCAGCAUUACCCUGACACACACGAAAGGUCUCUUCACUGUCUCUGGAAUCCUCAGACACCCAUGUGAGCCUCCACCUUCCGGAUGGCAGGAUGCCCGUAAUUGGCCUGCCGUUGAGAAUGGAAAGACCCUCAUUACCUCAGUUGCUGUGGUCAUGAAAACACAAACUCCAAUGAUGACAUCAGGACUGGGGUUCCAAAAAAAGCUCCACUGCCAGUUUGCUGUUGAUCACAAGAGACCAAACGUGAGCGUGCUGUGGUACCAGCAGUACCACGGAGAACGAAGCAAUCUCUUCAGUCAUGCCAGCCACUCUGGGCAAAGUGAGGGAAGGGGAGUUGAUCUGAGGAAGUUAGCAGGUGGUGACCUAUCUUACAACCUCCCCUUCACUGAUGUCAAACAUGAAGGGACGUAUGUGUGCUCUGUGUCAGUGUUUCCAUUGUCUUCCAGCCUUGAUAUAAGGCUCCAAAUUCAAGAGUCCCCCCAGGUGUCCCUCAAUGUUGCUCACACUCUUACAUUGCAAGAAGGUGAGAACAAGAAGGUGGUUUGUGAGGCAGAAAACUACUACCCUCUGGAUGUGCACAUAGAGUGGUAUGAGGAGGACCCGGCAACUUCUGGUCAGAGAGUUGGCUCUCCUCUCCCGAAGGCGCUCAACAAUAUCUUGCUCUCCAGUCACAAAAACAACAUGGACAAGACCUUCUCGCUAUCAGGUUUCUUCUACCUCCAGGCUUCGCUCAGACAAUCGGGGCACCGAUUUAUGUGCACAGUCUCCCAUCAGUCUCUGCGAAUGCCCAUCAAAAAGAGUUUCAUUCUGAUAGUUGAAGAACCCACCAGCUGGUUCACACUCACUGCUUGUAGCAUUUUGGUCAUACUGCUGCUGUCUGUCCUGUAUUUUAUGCUAAGAUACCUCCACCAAGUUAGAAAGUAUUCAUUGCAGAAAAAGCCUUACUGAUUGUACCUCCUGGACAGAGAAGACCACCGAGAACCAUGCAAAUAUUUUCCCCCUGAUUUUACAAUUGUAUUUUUUUUUUAAAUUGUCACAGAGGGAGAUCAUAGUGACAAAAAAAAGGAAAUGCAAAACACACUUGUGAAGUUAACCAAGUACUAAGGCCAAGCCCGCUUAGCUUCCGAGAUCUGACGAGAUCAGGUGUUCACAGGGUAGCAUAGCCUGACAUCUUGCAUGAUGUCACAAAAUGAGAUGCUUCAAGUUUUGAUACUUUUGAGGGCUUACUUUUCUGAACUAAACAAUCUUCAGGGCCAUUUUACUUUGAAGGGUACUGUACAAUUUAAUUGCAUUUAGCUUUUUUUGUCAUCUGUUGCACAGAAAUGAUUUUUUAAGUUUCCUAUUCUUAAAGGUUUAUUGUUUUUUUUUUUGUUUGUUUUUUUUUUACAGUCAAUGGGCGUAAAACUCAGGAGAAAUGUAAGGGAUACCUUUUUCGUGCUGGAGUUUUCGGGUACAUUAAAGAUGUUAUAGCAGCAGACGCUAAUAUUAUAAAAUACUAUUUUAUCAAUUCUCACUGGUUAGGUUGUGAAAUAUCUCCCUGUCAGUUUAGAUUAAUUACCUUGACACAUAAAAAUGAUAGUUCAGAGACAUUUUAUAACGUAAUGAGCUUUUGGCUUUCUUGCGUGAAUGUUUUAUGUUGGUGUGUUGUAAUAUCAAUAGAGCGUAGAUUUUACAAGAGAUAAUCAGUCUAACUUGAUUGAAUAAACACAACAAAGUCUGCCAUAUGGUUCUUCACUAUCGGAUAGGUGUACAAAAUACAUUGGCUCCACACGGCAUACUAUGCUAACAAAACAUGUUAUUCAAUGAAAUUUUUCCUCCAAUGAUUAUCAACAGUGCCAUGAAAAAUUAUUCGCUUAAAUUCUUACUUUUUUUCCCAGGUUUCUCCACUUUAAUGUAUUACAUCAUCAAACAAAUGUAAAUAGCAGACAAAAAUAAACAUAAAAUAAAUACGAAAUGUCAGAACGGGAUUCAUUUCCCAAACCAAGUGUUGGUUUUCUCCGGGCAUUUGAGUUCCCUCUCACAGCCCCAAAACAUGCAUUAAUUGGAGACUCUAAAUUGCCCCUGAGUGUGGUUGUGAGUGUGGAUGGUUGCUUGUCUCUAUGUACCCUGCAAUUGGCUGGCAACCAGUUCAGGGUGUACCCUGCCUCCUGCACGUCGACAGCUGGGAUAGGCUCCCGCACUCCCACAACCCUUGUGAGGAUAAGCGGCUAAGGAAAUGGAUGGAUGGAUGGCUGGAUUAAAUAAUGUUUUUUUAUUAAGGGGGAAAAAAAACUAUUCAGUAGUACCUGGCCCUGUGUGAAAAAGAUAAAAUUGCCCUUGUUCAAUCAUAAAUUAACUGUGGAUAUUGUUUUCUUUGAAAGCUUUCAUUUUCACUAAUCACACCCAAGCCUGAUUACCUGUGAAAUAUAUUUACAUCAUCCUUUAGUAAAACCUGUCUAACAAAAUAAAGUCAGCCAAAAUGUCUCAAAAAGCUGGAGUAAAAUGCCAUGAUCUAAAGAAGAAACAAAGUAUUUGAAAUCCGUCAGUCUGUAAAGCAUUGCAAAGCAAGUUUUGGGGCUCCAGCAAACCAUUGUCAGAGCCAUUAUCCACAAAUGGAGAAGACCCAGAACAGCAUGGUGGCGCAACUGGUUAGACCGUUGGCCUCACAUUUCUGAGGAACGGGAUUCAUUUCCCAAACCCGUGUGGGUUUUCUCCGGGCACUCUUGUUCCCUCUCAUAACUCAAAAACAUACAUUAAUUGGAAACUCUAGAUUGCCCCUUAGUGUGGUUGUGAGUGCGGAUGGUUGUCUCUAUGUGCCCUAUGAUUGAAAGCCAACCAGUUCAGGGUGUAUUUUUCUUGGUGCGAUAGUCUCCUUCCACGCACAUUUUUGUUUCACAUCCCUCCAAUGCCAGCUGGGCCAAUGUGGCCUUUAUUAAUAUUAUAUUUAUUAUCCUGAAAGGUGAGGCUUAAUCAGAAUUGCCCCAUUGGCUUAAGACAAAAAAAAACUUGGCCACAAGGUGUGUGCUGUAUAAGAAUUGAAUUCAGACCUCCAAGGUGAAACAAAUCAUAAUCAACCAAUCAAUUUCUGUACUACUUAACCUCACGAGGGUCAAAGGCAUGCUGGAGCCUAUCGCAGCUAACUGUGGGCGAGAGGUGGGGUACACCCUCAACUGGCCACCAGCCAACUGCAGGGCGCAUAUUAACAAACAACCGUUUGAACUCACAUUCACACCUAAGGGGAGUUUAGAAUCUGCAAUUAAUGCAUGUUUUGGAGAGGUGGGAGGAAACCAGAGUGCCCGGAGAAAGCCCACACAGGCAUGGGAGGACAUUAAAAACUCCACACAGGCCAGGAUGGAUUUUUACCCCUGUAAGGCCGAUAUGCUAACCACUCGAGCACUAUGGCGCCAAUCAAUCAAUCAAGCUAAGCACACAUUUUGAUGUUUGUCAUUUUCUGUUGUGAUGCACAACAAAACAACAUAUUCCGCAGGAAAUUUUAAAUGGACCUGCUACCUGUUUCAAAUAUGUAACAUGUAUUAGUUAAUGCUUCAUUUUGAGUGGAGCUUGCCUUUUACAAUAGUUUUCAGGAAAAAAAAGAUCAAUAUGACAAAGGUCAUAAGUGUGAACAAAAUAAGAUGGGAGGUUUCAGUUGAUUCAUUUGGGAACAGUAUCACCAUGACAAAGUGGAUAAUUGAAGUCCUCACAUAUGUCCCAGUAUUCAUUUGCAAUACGAUUUGCAGUACAAUUAAUGGGAUGAGUUCCAGAAAAAAGAACUAUUAAGGAAAUAUACAGCAGAUUUGAAGCAGGAAAUAAGAACCUCUUGACUGCCUUUUGGUGUAAGCCUUAGCACAGCAAUAAACAAGAGCAAAUUUGACCCAUUGCAGAUGUUUGUUAGCCUGUUGCCAGCACCAAUUGCCUCCACGCAGGGCUGGGGGCAAUGUGUGCACCCCAUGCAGGAUCUCAAGUGUUCAGAAAAGACAAACAAGGCACAGCAGUGCUCUGUCUGUGUGGGAAAGAAAAUAUCAAAUGAUGCAACAUCUAAUUGAUGGAACUGUGAAGACAAAGAAGCAACACCAAGACACACAGCAUUGACGUUCCAGAUCAUGGCAAAAUCUGUUUGUAUGCAGUCAUAAUAGAUACGAUGUGACUAUUAACUAUUAUUUUGGCCACCUUGCUUAUACUUUUAUUCCUUUGAAUACGCUUAAGUCUAACCUGUUAGAUUUGUUUUAAUUUUAUGUUGACAACAUGGCAGUAGCAUUUUAGGAGGGCUAGUUGUGUCCGUGUCCUAUAAGUACCGAGUUUAAUCAGCCGAAACAGGGUGCAGGUGUGUGCCGACUAAUUGGCUGACCACACCCAGCCUGGGGAGGAUGCCAGGGGCAUGACAGAUCCCAUGCAAUUAACACCAAGGAAACACGAGCAGCCCACGAACCUCUGGUUGAGAAACUGCACAACACACAGAGAGUGAAAUAUUGAAUGAUUUUCCUUUUUGAUAUAUACAUAUAAUUUUGAUGAAUAUUCUUUCCAGCAAACAAAAAACUCCAAAUUUGUCAUCUCUGUAAAUGAGUCUACAACUUAAAAAACAAUCAAGAA